AUGCCAGGACAUUGUUAUACAAAGAAUUUCCAGAAUUUUAUGUUUGGAGCCAACAAUACAAAGAGUGGACUCGUCGGAAAAAAAAAAACUGUUAUAGGUCGAAUUAUUACAGCAAAUCCAUUUGAAGGUGAGAGGUAUUAUUUGCGGAUAUUGCUAAAUCAUGUAAGAGGACCUUUGUCAUUUGAAGAUCUUAGAACAGUUGAUGGUGUCGUGGCUCCAACAUUUCGUGAGGCAGCAACUAUGCAUGGUUUGCUACAAAGAGACAGUAGCUUACAAGAUUGUUUACAUGAAGCAUCUCUAUAUCAAAUGUCAUCCAGUUUGAGACGACUAUUUGCAACUAUUUUGGUUUAUUGUAAUCCAACCAAUCCAAGAGAGCUUUGGGAACGUUUUGAGCAAGAUAUGUCAGUUGAUUUUAGGUCGACUGAAAAUUCUAUGUCGGAUGUAAGAAUGCAAGUUUUGCGCUCAAUCUCUUUUACACUUGAAUCAAUGGGGAAAGACAUUAAUUCGUUCCAUCUUCUUGAUGACAACAUUUGUUUUGUUUUGGAAAAGGUUUUUUCUAAUGAAGCUGCUACAUUCUUUGUUGACGGCCCUGCUAGGACGGGGAAGACAUUCCUGUACAAGGCACUUCUUGCCGCAGUAAGAUCAAGAAAAUUAGUCGCACUUGCAACUGCUUCAUCUGGUGUUGCUGCAUCCAUCCUUCCUGGAGGUCGAACAGCACACUCGCGCUUUAAGAUUCCACUAGAUACUGAUGAACAUAGCAUAUGUUGUGUCAGUAAACAAAGUGCCAUCGCAAAGUUACUACGUGUGGCAAGGUUAAUUAUAUGGGAUGAGGCCCCUAUGUCAAGAAAACAACAUAUUCAAGCAUUAGAUAAAAUGCUACGAGACAUUAAUGAUUCAGAGUUAACAUUCGGUGGAAAAGUUGUCGUUUUUGGUGGAGAUUUUCGCCAGGUUUUACCUGUGGUUCGUAAAGGAACAAGACAAGAACAUGUUGACGCCAGUUUGGUUUCUUCUUACUUGUGGCCUACAUUGAUCAAGUUUCAUUUGACUGAAAAUAUGCGAGCAAGAUUGGAUCCAGUCUUUUCAGAAUAUGUGUUAGAAUUGGGCAACGGAAUGCCACCAAUCACAGUUGAUGAAACUAUAAAAAUUCUUGAUGGCAUGCUUGUUCCUUACGAAGAUGACUGUACUUCUUUGGAUCAUUUAAUAGAUGCUGUUUUCCAUGAUAUUCAUGAAUAUUCAAUAAAUAUUUCAGCUAUGAUGAAUCGGGCCAUAUUAACACCAAAGAACAGCUAUGUUGAUGAAAUAAAUGCAUUGCUAAUUCAUAGAUUUCCUGGUGAGCUUAAGCGAUAUUAUAACUUUGAUGAAGCAAUAGAUACAUCUGAACAGUCAAUUAUGGAAAUUUUUUAA